CUGCCCUGCCUCUCACAUGCAUCCCAAGAAAGACCGUUUCAAAAGUUUUCCUUUCAGUAAUCACCAACUUAUUACAAAUCAAUCCCAAGAAACUCUUUUUUAUUAAAUUACGCCCCAAACCCCACCAUGCAGAUCUCUUCAGUGAAGCUCAGAACUCCGGCUUUCACGUCGCCGGAGUUCUUGAGCCGGAGGUGCCUCAUAAAGUCUCACUCUUUAUCACUACCCAACUUCCACAAUGCCCAAAAAACCGCUCCUUCUUCCUCUUCCUCUUCCCUCAAACCCCUUCACAUAUCUUCCGGGGAUUGUUUCGCAUUGGCGGGCAAAACCGAGAAGGGAAGCGCCGUCUGCAAUGCCUACGAGGCGGACCAGUCACGGCCGCUGGAGAUCAACAUUGAGUUGCCGGACCAGCAGGAGGCGACCCAGAGGCUGAAAAUUGGUUUAUAUUUUGCUACCUGGUGGGCACUUAAUGUUGUGUUCAAUAUCUACAAUAAGAAGGUUUUGAAUGUGUUUCCAUAUCCAUGGCUCACCUCCACGCUCUCCCUCGCAACCGGAUCGCUCAUGAUGCUCGUUUCAUGGGCCACCAGGAUAGCCGAGACCCCAAAAACUGAUCUAGAUUUUUGGAAGACUCUGCUUCCGGUUGCGGUGGCACAUACAAUUGGGCAUGUUGCGGCGACUGUGAGCAUGGCGAAGGUGGCGGUUUCGUUCACUCACAUCAUCAAGAGUAGCGAGCCUGCAUUCAGUGUAUUGGUUUCGAGGUUCUUGUUAGGCGAAACGUUUCCUCUCCCAGUUUACCUCUCGCUCUUUCCGAUCAUUGGAGGAUGCGCGCUCGCUGCUGUUACCGAGCUCAAUUUCAACAUGAUUGGGUUCAUGGGGGCUAUGAUAUCGAACCUGGCAUUCGUGUUCAGGAAUAUAUUUUCGAAGAAAGGGAUGAAGGGCAAGUCCGUUAGUGGGAUGAACUACUAUGCUUGUCUGUCUAUGUUGUCUCUACUGAUUCUGAUUCCAUUUGCCAUCGCCGUGGAGGGACCCAAGAUGUGGGCUGCUGGAUGGAACACAGCUCUUGCGCAGAUCGGUCCCAACUUCGUAUGGUGGGUGGUGGCACAGAGUGUCUUCUAUCACUUGUAUAAUCAGGUUUCAUACAUGUCACUAGAUCAGAUAUCUCCCUUAACAUUCAGCGUUGGGAACACAAUGAAGCGGAUAUCCGUCAUAGUCGCGUCCAUCAUCAUCUUCCACACACCUAUCCAACCCAUCAACGCACUCGGAGCAGCCAUUGCAAUCCUUGGAACCUUCCUCUACUCACAAGGUGUUCGAGUAUGGUCAGCCGAACUUCAUGGUCAUGGAUUCGUGGAGUUGGUUUACGGAAUCACAAAAACAUCUUUCUAUUCCAGUUCAAGCAUACUGACUGUCUCUUCAUCUCCUUCAAAAGUUAUGGGGAAUUUCUCAGUACUUGUUCAGGCUGUCCUAACUACGGUUCAGAUUUUGUGCUUUUCAAUUCUUAAAGCGUCUUGUAACUCUCCCAUAUCUUUGGAAGGAAACGCAGCUUCGUCCUCUUUCCCAAGCGACUUCCUUUUUGGAACUGCUUCCUCUUCUUACCAGUAUGAGGGAGCUUAUCUGAAUGAUGGUAAAGCACUCAACAACUGGGAUGUUUUCACUCACGAGCCCGAUCGUAUCUCGGAUGGAACUAAUGGAGAUAUUGCUGUUGAUCAGUACCAUCUUUAUAUGGAAGAUUUGGAUCUCAUGAACUACCUUGGAGUCAAUAGUUACCGGUUUUCUAUAUCUUGGGCAAGAGUUUUACCCAAAGGAAGAUUUGGGAGAGUGAAUCGCGCCGGCAUUGCUCACUAUAACAAGUUCAUCGACGAGCUUCUGCUUAGAGGAAUCCAGCCGUAUGUGACGUUGACUCACUACGACAUUCCACAGGAACUCGAAGACAGAUAUGGAGCUUGGCUAAGUCCCCAAGUGCAGGCGGAUUUCAAACAUUACGCAAAUACAUGUUUCAAAUUCUUUGGAGACCGGGUGAAGUACUGGGCGACAUUCAAUGAGCCCAAUGUAGCAGUUCCAAAUGGUUACAGGUUAGGGACAUACCCGCCAGCUCGCUGCUCUAUCCCAUUUGGGAAUUGUACUAGUGGGGAUUCAGAGAGGGAGCCUUUCAUUGCAGCUCAUAAUAUCAUCCUAUCCCAUGCAGCUGCUGUGAAUGUAUACAGAACCAAAUAUCAGGUAAUUAACAAGAAAAUACAAGGAGGUAGCAUUGGAAUUGUCAUGAAUGCUCCAUGGUUUGAACCCAUCAGCAACUCCUUAGAAGACAAAUUAGCAGCUGAGAGGGCUAUAUCUUUCUACAUGAACUGGUUCUUAGACCCGAUUGUACUCGGGAGAUAUCCUGCAGAAAUGCAAGAGCUUCUAGGAGCUGAUUUGCCAGCAUUUUCAAAAUCUGAUGUGGAGAUGCUGAAGAAGACUGGAUUAGACUUCAUUGGCCUCAAUCAUUAUACCAGUUGUUACUCAAAAGACUGUAUGUUUUCGGUAUGUGAAUCAGGAACAGGAGCUUCAAGGACAGAGGGUUACGCUUUGAGAACUUUCGAAAAAGAUGGAGUCUUCAUUGGAGAACCAACUACGAUUGAUUGGCUAUAUGUCUAUCCUCAAGGAAUGGAGAAGAUCGUAACGUACGUAAAAGAAAGAUACAAUAACACACCAAUGUUCAUCACAGAAAAUGGGUUUGGUGAGAUAGAGAAUUCAAAUUCAAGUAGUGCAGAAUUACUGCACGAUGUCAAGAGAUUGGAGUACAUGGGAUCCUAUUUACAGGCACUUGCAAAAGCAAUGAGAAAAGGAGCAGAUGUGAGAGGUUACUUGGUGUGGUCGUUGCUGGACAAUUUCGAGUGGACGAGUGGAUAUACUAUUCGGUUUGGACUUUACCGUGUUGAUUAUACCACUCUCAAGAGAACUCAAAGACUAUCAGCGGCUUGGUACAAACAAUUCAUUUCGAAUCAUACGGUGCAGGCUUCAAGUACCUCAUCAUGAUAUAGAACUAUGCAGAAUUAAUGUACACGGCUGUUAUCAUGACAAGAAAUUCGCACAAAGUUGUGCUUUUGAGUUAGUCUUAUUGAGUUGAAUUAUAACAGUUUGACCAA